ACAAUUAAAAGAAGAAAAAAAAAAAAAGAUUAAAUAAACUUUAAAAAAAAAAAAUAAAUAAAUAAAUAAAAAAUGGUUCAAUUAAAUGCUAGUGGCAGCGGUCACAUACAUACGGUAGUAUUGGAUAAAACUGGUAAACGAUCCUUUGGCAUAUGUAUAGUAAGGGGAGAGGUUAAAGACUCGCCGAAUACAAAAACGACAGGAAUUUUUAUAAAAGGCAUUGUACCCGAGAGUCCAGCACAUUUAUGCGGAAAAUUAAAGGUUGGUGAUCGCAUACUAUCCAUAAACGAUAAAGAUGUACGCAAUGCUACCGAACAAGAAGUGAUUGAAUUAAUUAAAGAUGCCGGUAUUCAAAUUAAUUUAGAGAUACAAACAUUCGAUAAGCAAGAAGAAAAGAAAGUUUCAGAUAAUCGAGAAAAUGGUUUUAUACAGAAUAAGCCUAGGCUUGGGCCUGCGCCCAGCAUUAAGCAAAAGCCACCGAAUGUUAAUUCUUUACUUAAAAAUACUUCGACAAUUCAGUCGUCAAAAAUGGAUAGCAAUUAUCAGGAUGACGAUGAGGACGAUACACGUGAUAUGACGGGACGUAUUAGAACAGAGGCCGGUUUUGAGAUCGAUCGUGCCUCAGCGGGUAACUGUAAAUUAAAUAAAAGCGAAAAGGAUCGAGAUAAAGAAACCGAAGAUGAAUUUGGCUAUACAAUGGCCAAAAUUAAAAAACGUUACAACUUAAUGAGUGAUCUACGAAAAGUGGAAAUAACUAAACCACCGAAUCAAGCAUUGGGUUUGGCUUUGGCGGGCCAUAGUGAUCGUCAAAAGAUGGCUUGCUUUGUGGCUGGUGUAAAUCCGAAUGGCCUAUUCGGUUCGGCAGAUAUAAAACCUGGCGACGAAAUACUUGAAGCUAAUGGUAAUGUUUUGAAAAACCGCUGUCAUCUCAACGCUUCAGUCAUAUUUAAAAAUGUCGAUUGUGAUAAACUUGUUUUGAUAACAUCGCGACGAAAAGCCUCUGACGAUAUGAGCGUAAGACCAGUUAAACGAUUUCCACCCGAAGUUGACGAUACCAAAUUCCUAUUCGAUCAAUUUCCCAAAGCUCGUUCAGUGCCCAUUAAAAAAGAGGGUUUCCUGGGUAUUAUGGUUAUUUAUGGCAAACACAAAGAAGUUGGCAACGGUAUAUUCGUUUCCGAUCUACGCGAAGAAUCAAAUGCUCAGUUGGCGGGUAUUAAAGUUGGUGACUUAUUAAUGGCUGUAAACAAAGAUGUUACCUUGGAGUCCACAUACGAUGAGGCAGUGGCUUUACUAAAACGUAGCGAAGGCAUUGUUAAUCUGGUGGUAAUGAGUUUGAAACAGGAAGAGUCCGAAAAGAAAGACGACAAGAAAGCCGAAGAUGGCGAUAAAGCCGAUAAAGGAGAUAAAAAGAAAGAAGAGAAGCCAAAAGAACCGGAAAAACCAAUAGAUCCGGCAACAUGUGAAGUGGAAUUAAAUAGAAAAACAUUGAUAGAAGUGAAAGCAGAGAAAAAACCGUUGGGCGUAAUUGUCGUUGGAGGCAAAAAUAAUUACGUUAAGACUGGUUGCGUCAUCACCCAUAUCUAUCCGGAAGGUGUCUUGGCCAGCGAUAAACGCCUGAAAAUUUUCGAUCACAUAGUAGAAGUGAACGGAGCUCAAGUUAAAUGCAAUGAAAUAACAACGCUAAAGGUGCAUCAACUAUUCCACAUGGCUUACGAUAAAGUCACAUAUGUAGUGUACCGAGCAGAUCCACCAGAACUUGAGAAUUUCAAAGUGGAGUUCACUAAGAAAUCGGGUAAAGAAUUGGGUCUAUCGCUAGCGCCCAAUGAGAAAGGUUGCACAAUAUCUGAUAUUACCUCCGCUGGUUACGCUGACAUCGAUAAUAAACUACAACGCGGCGACAUAAUAACUAAAUUCAAUGGCGAUUCACUGGAAGGCUGUACUUUCGAAGUUUGUUACGCUUUAUUUAAAGGAGCCACUGGACGCAUUAGUUUGGAUAUAACGCGACCUAAACCCACCGAACGUACUGAACCGACCAAAGUGUAAAAUACAAAUGUUCUCUCCUUGUUCUCAAUUGUUCUCUUCUUGUGCAACUAUAUAAAGUUUUGAAUUUCCUAAAAGAUUCAAUAAAAAAUAUAUACAAUAAAAAUAAA